AUGAACUCUCUCAACAUUCUCUCCGCCCGAGUUUCGCCACCUCCAAGCACGCCUCCUUCGCGCUCGAAUUCCCUCACAUCCUUGGGACUUGCCGUCCAGUCCGACCUCGCCUCGGGAGACCACGGAGAAGGUGUUGGGGAGGAUCCCAAUUCUGAAGAUUCACUAUCGCAGCCAUCACAACCACCACAACCGACGCCGCCCACCGAAGACGAUGACCCCAAUAUAAUACCCGAAUCAAACUACGCCGAGCAGAGCUCCGUGGACGACGAGAGCUCGCCGCUGCUGGGCGAGUCGAUUGAAGGAAACACGCGAUCGACUUGUUCCUGGCAGCUCGCACCCCGGCGGAUAGCCGCGUCACUGAUCAACUCACUUCGGUGGUUCCUUUCAACACUGGCUGCCCCCGGCGUCUACCUCUUUGCGUUCUUCUACAACGACCAGGGCCAGUUUGCACCUUUUUACCCUUUCAAGAGACUCUACGCAUGGUACGACGUCGAGGCGCGUGCAGCCAUGUCUUCUACUAAAUAUUCUGAAUUCGCCAUCGACGAGAAGGAGGGACCGCCACUAGGCCCCCGUCCCCGCCGUCGUUCCAACGCUGCUCGUCCCCGUCCUUCUGUAUCAUCCGGUUCGUCCUCGGCGGCUUCCGAAUCUGAACGUGACGCUACAAGACCCCGAACCAGGCGCACGUCCCAGAGCACCAUCAGACACACCAGGUCCAAGUCGCUUGACGAAGUCGAAGACUCCACCGCUGGAAGGAAAUCAAUACGGAUCAAGCUAAAUAACGAAGAAGCCCUACGACAACGAAGACACAGGAAAACGCAAUCCGUUGCGCCCCGCACGGGCAAGGCCGGUCAUCUUGCUACCCCCGACAUAUCCGCACAGCUCAAGUCUCCCACCUCCCCCGUCGGCGCUCUCACUCGGUACCCCAAGACUCCUGCUCCUCCACGACCGCUGAUCCCGCGACGCCAACCCUCGUACCUGAAUUUGGAACCGACGCCGCUCAAGCACCAGAAGACGCUCAUUCUCGACCUCGACGAGACGUUAAUCCACAGCAUGUCCAAGGGCGGACGUAUGAGUACCGGCCACAUGGUGGAAGUGCGAUUGAACACGACGCUGGUUGGAGCAGGCGGGCAGACAUCGAUUGGGCCGCAACACCCAAUUCUCUACUACGUCCACAAGCGACCGUAUUGCGAUCACUUCUUGCGCAGGGUAUGCAAGUGGUACAACUUGGUCAUUUUUACGGCGUCAGUGCAGGAGUAUGCCGACCCUGUGAUCGACUGGCUCGAGCAAGAAAGAAAGUUCUUCUCGGGGCGGUUUUAUAGGCAACAUUGUACAUUCCGUCACGGUGCCUUUAUCAAGGAUCUAAGCUCGGUCGAACCCGACCUCAGCAAAGUCAUGAUUUUGGACAAUAGUCCGCUGAGCUACAUGUUCCACCAAGAUAAUGCCAUUCCUAUCCAGGGUUGGAUCAACGACCCGACGGACAGCGAUCUCCUUCACUUGGUCCCUUUCCUAGAGGGACUCCAGUACGUGUCUGAUGUUCGAGCGUUAUUGGCAUUACGGGGCGGCUAG